AAAGAAAAAUAAUUAAUAAAUCUCAAAGUGAGUGUGUUUUUUUUUUUUUGCUGGUUAUUAAGCCGAAAAUAUAAAAUAACAAAGUAAUUUGUACAUCAAUAAAUACGUAUUCUAAUAAACUUCUACAUGAAAUAAACAAUAAAUGGGAAAACCUGCUGGUCAGUACUGUAACUACAUACACCUCGAAUACUUAUAGUUUGUUUAAAAUACGCCCUAGUUUUGUGUUUUUUAUUUUAUUAUUUUUUCUUCAAAAAGACAUAAUGAAACAUUGUGAAUCUUAAGUGCCCAAGAUAAACCAAUAAAGGUGAAUGAAUGAAUGAAUGAAUAAAAAAUACCAAGUGUUACUUGUGUGGGCAGUAGUAGUGUUCUCAAAAUAGUGUAAAUAUAAACAGAUCUUUAAAGUAAAAGUACCUACUACCUAUAGAAAUAAAAGAAAAGUGAUGCAAAAAAACGAAAUGAUAAACAACAAGCUGAUAUUUUAAACAAUUUCUAUUAAAUUUAAAAUGAGCAAUCGCGAGCAUCCAACGCCAUCUAAUGAUGAUAAAGGUACAGAAGCGGGGGCUGGUUGUGUUACCUCGCAAGAUUUUCGACAAAAUCAUUCAGCACAACGAGCACCCAUGCCGCAUGAACUGACGGCAGAAUGGACAGUGAGCGCUCAGUUAAAAUUUGCCAGAGCUGGAGAGACAGUUAAAAAAGAAUUUAGUACAAAUGACACAGUUAAUCCGGUACGUGUGUUAUAUAAAUGGAGUAAAGUUGAUGACAAUACAACAGCAGGCGGCACGAAAUAUGAAGACGACAAAACAUCGGAUUCAUUCAAAAGAACUUCUUCAAGAUCUUCAGCACGUUCUCAAGAUCCUAUGAAGAACACAAACCCAUCAGAGUUUCAAAAAGGAGAGAGCUUUCGUUCCACAACAUCGUCAAUGACAUGCGGUGAUAUUGGUGGAGCUGAUUCUGCAUUCAGUGGAUCAAACAAUUCAAAUAAACCUCAAAAUGACGACACUUUGACCUCUGAAGCUAAGGAUUCAGUAUCGAACUUUUACGGUACCAGAUGUCGCAGUACUUGUAACAUUAUAGUUACUGCUGUGGCAGAUUUUUUAUCACCCACCGACUUGCAAGCCAUCGAUAAUGUGUCAAUUGAAAAUCCAGAAAUGGAUUCUAAGCCAUUCGUAUUCAACACCACUGCUAGUUACACUGUGCAACCCGAAAAGUUUUUCGAGCAGGCUUCUUAUGCGGAAGGGGCUAAACAAAUUAGUUUACGUGAUGCUGUUUGCCAAACAAGUGAUACUGAAAUGAAAUAUUUUGGUCAACAUGAACGCAAGCGAAGUCCAUUGGAACGACGAGAUUCGCGAAGAUCAUAUGAUCAUAGAAGAGCUACAGUGGAUGAUUUGCUACAUCAGCCGGGAUUUAGAGGCCGUGUUAGUGAGGAAAACUCGUAUAUGCCUUCUUAUAUACCUUCAACUAUUAAAACGUCUAAAUCAUCUUCGUUACCGCGAGUUUCUUCAUUGAUGGGGGGAGCUGCAGGAACUAAUGUGGAUGACAGCUGUUUUCCCUCAAUGGCGGCAUCAGAAAAGCCUAGCCAAUCGGAGGCACAAAAGAAACCACGUACUGUUCAUAUCGAUGUCUAUUGCACUGGAUCCGAAGACGAUGAUCAAGCAGAUGCAGAAUCUAGUUCGGACUCUGAUGACGACGAUAAACGACUUGAUCAGGAAUCAAAUUCAACAUUUCAAACAGUUUUGGAUAAUGACCAAAUGCGCUUAAGGCAUCAGCGUAUAACGGGUCAUUCUCUGCCCCGGCGAUUAGCAGGCAAUAAUGUCACAGCGUCACCUAAUCAAAUAUCUGAAAGUUCUAAAGAUAUAAGUAUUGGUCACGCCAUAACAAAGUCUAGCACCGCUGAAGAGAUUCACGAAUCCAAGCAAUUGCUAUUUCGCAAACAUGUGGGCGAUCAAAGAGCUGUUAAACUGCAGAACCUCCGACAAAAAUACCUACGCCAAUCAUCAGAUGAUACCUUAAGUUUGGGCUAUCCGAAUUCUUCAAGGUCAACUAUUCGUGACAAUACUUGCAGCAGCAUAUCCAGUAUUUUGCCUGGACUGGACGUGGCUGAAACAUCAUGUAAAGAUACUGAUGAACUGGAAGAUCUUUCAUAUUCUCUGGCCAAAUCUGAUAGUUUUGAAUACGAAAAUGCCCUAGAUCGUUUAAGAAUACGACAAAUGGAACGAUUAUGGUCCCGAAGUCAUUCUAAUGAAGACGAACCCAAAUCUCACCAACCUGGAAAUAGCCAUUUACAAAGCAUUUCUGAGGUAAACACUUUCCAAAGAAAGUCUCCGAGUACUUCAGUAGUUCAUCAAUUAGAUAUUGUCUCUGAAACAGACCAAACUUCCUCCUACACAAAUGAAACAUUUCUGAGAACAUCACCUGUUCCUGCAGGAGUGACUGCUGCAAAUUAUAAAUUCCAACAAACCUCGCAUUUUCCGAGAAAUAAACCAGGCUUUUUACAAUUUUUCGGCCCACAUUUAGAGCAUUCGCAGCCCAUGAACGAAAAUAUUUUAUCCCAACAACCGCAAUCGGUACAUGCCCUGCAGAAUAAUGAAUCAACAUUACUCUACCCGAACUAUGGAGUUAAUUUACAACGCUGGAAAAGCGAGACGCGCGACAACUUAUCGGCCUCUGGAACACCAGUAUUAACACCUACCGACUUAAGUCGGCAAACAUCUCCACAACCUCCUCUGCCUCAUCAAACACCCCCUCCUUACAAUAUACAUUUUCAACGUUGUGGUAGUGAAACGCCACUUAGUACUACUAGUGCGAUUACUUUCCCCGUAACGACACCUACACCAGCUAGACGUUUCGAUAUGUAUAAUCGUCCCAGUCCUGCUAUCAGUGAGGCAUCCACGCAGCCACCACCUUUGGGCUAUUCUUCGGAAUACCUUGAUAAAGCUAAGAUGUUCGGUAGAGUUGUAGCUUCACGUAAGCCUGGUCACCACGUUGGUCCUACAAAAAAUCCGAAUUGUUCUUGUGAAAGUUGCCAAAGAUGGUUAACAGAACGUUUCCAAAUACGUGGACGUGUUUUCUCACUAGGUGAAAUGCCGGUUUUAAAAAGACCUUCAUGACUUGAUCAAGACGAUACACCUAUUUAUAAUGAAAUACCAAGGUUGGCUACCGAUUCGGUUAAACGGUUAAAACAUAACUUUAGCUCUAAUUUGGAUUAUUUCGGUAACGUUAUGUUGCGAUAAUUUUAAGGAUAACGAUAAUUUCGAUCAGAAAAAAAAAUUAAAACAAUCUAAAAAAAAAAAUUUCAAAAUAAUAGAUUUGAAUACAUAUUCUUAAUUAUUGAGUGCAACAAGUGUACGGUGGCCAACCUUUUAAAAUACUGCCAAUCUGAUACAUACUACAUUUUAAAUUACUUCCAGAAUUUUUUUUUUGUGCAUUUACCAUCUCUAUUUUUGUAUCCUAAACCUAACAAUUACUUUAGAUUAAAAUGUGUAAUUAUUAUUAAAGUUGUUAUACUAACAGAAAUAAAUAUUUUAGAAAUCUUAUUGCAACAGUUUUAAUGUAAACAA